AUGAAGCUUCAACCUCUCUUAGAGGAAGUGCAGAGCAAGAACAAGCAGCUCCGUCUUCGGCUGAGCGAGCUUCGGUGGCCCCAGCUGGCGUGCUUCUCUUCGAAUGGGCGAACCUACAGCCUGCCGCUGCGAGCUGAGAGCAGGGACUUGCUUCUCCCGCCAUCCGCUUCCGUUUUGGCCUACUUGGCCGGCUUUUUCGAUGGGGAUGGCUGCGUCUCUUGUGAGCGUGCCCUUUCGGGGUGCGCCUUGGUGGUGUCUCAGACCUUUGACCAGGCCGAGGUUCUCAUGCUGUUUCAUGAGACAUUCGGGGGAAGCAUCACGCUGAAAGACAUAGGCAUGGGUCUGCGCAAGCCACUUCUCCAGUGGAGAGCACGCGGCCAGUCAGCCCGAAGGGUGGCUUUUCUCCUGGCGCCACAUAGCAUCACCAAGCGGGAGCAGCUCUGGCUGACGUCCCGGUGGCCCGAAACGAAGUCCCAAAGAAGGGACUGCAAGGCUGAGUUGCGUGUAUUGAAAAAACGCGAUUCUGCAGUCACUGGGACGUGCAGCUGGAGCUACUUUGCCGGCUUCUUCGAUGCAGAGGGCUGCAUCUCACAGCCGAAGCAAGGAGUGUCGCAGGUCCUGGGGAUUCGGCAAAAACAUCCCAAGGUGCUCGAGAUGAUUCGCGAUUUUUUGGCCGGUACUUCUGGCAUAGAAUCAACACUUGCUUCCGGAAAGUCUUCGCAUGCACUUUGGAUGUACGGCCUUACCAAGUGCAAGCAGGUGCUGCAACACCUGUUGCAAGCCGGACUGCUUUGCAAAGCCAAACAGGCAGAGCUUGCUGUUAGCCUGACUUCGGAGAACGCAGCGCAAGUUAGUACUCAGCUGACAUGCCUGACUGGGAACCAGAAGUUUGGGAAGAGGCUGGAUGCAGCUGGCCACGACAGAGCAAGAAGAAUCAAGGCGGCAGGGCGACAAGCUUCUCGAUGUGAGCAGCGCGGGCAGUUUGCAGAAGCCAAAGCGAAGCAGGCCGAGGUUGAGGUCCUCAAAGAAGAGCACGAGCUGCUCAAAGCCCACCUGGAGAACGAGCAGUUGGUGGAGUAUACGCACAAGCUGGAAAGCUUACAUCGUAGUUCGUGGGCGGCCGCUGCCGUGGCGGAGGCUUCCCACACGGGGAACUGGCCGGAAGCCGUCAAGGUGAUGGAGGAUAUCUGGCGCCUUGGGCGGAGUCCCCAUGGGACUCUGUUGCAAGAGGCCAUCGUAGUCUGCGGCGAGAAGGCGUGGGCCUGGGCGUUGGAGCUGAUGGAACGAGCCUGGGAGAGGGGCCCGCCAGUGACCCCGGCAUUGGUGGAUGCUGUCCUGGGCUGCUUGUCCUUGGCCUGGCGGUCUGCUCUGGACCUUCUUCAGGACAUGCCGCGCCGCCAGCUGCAGCCGACUCUGUUCUCCUACAGUCGAUGUAUGAAUGCUUGCGCCGAAGGCGUGCAGAGACUGGAGGCACUGGGUGCCCCGGAUGCGCGGCCAUGGCGGUUUGCUGUGCAACUCCUGAGCGAGGCGCAAGCCCACGGAAUUCAGGAGGAUACGGUCUUGGACAACACGCUGAUGCGCUGCCUCGCAAAAAGGUGGCGCGUGGGUCAAGAGCUGCUGAGCCGCAUGCAGCUUUUUGGCCCCGAGCCGAGUGCGGCCACGCACAGCACGGCUGCACGGCUCCUGGGUGAAGGGGCGCCAGCGCAGGCAUCAGCCCUGCUCCAUCGGCUCGUGGCGGAAGCCCCGAGAGGGGCAGAGCCCGACCUUUCUUCAGUCUUCAACGCUGCGCUUCGGGGGCUCCAGGUCACUGGGAGCUGGCAGCAUGGACUGGACGUCGCCGAGAUGUAUUUGGCAGAGGCAAGCUCUCGUGGUUGGAGGCGAGAUCCGAGCUGCAGCACGAAUGCCAUGAUGGCCUGCCGCGGCCCAAGGGACCAGGUCCCUCUUUUAGUUGAGCUCCGAUGUGCGCUUGAGGGGACGUCGAUUCUCCUCUUCAUUGCGUACCUGGUGUCCGUCCUGCUCCUUUACGUGAUUCUGCUCUUUGACUUCUGUUCUUAUCCCAGUGGACGCCUUCGGUUACUCGACCUUGAUGCUGUGAAAGAAGAAGCUGAUGCUGAAGAGGGGGCGCUCCCUAUGGCUGUUGACCCUGCCCUUCACGUGGUCACUACUUCUCCCUCGCGGAAAGGACGACCCAAGCGGGGACGCAACAAUGCAGCAUCGCCGAAUACAAGUCCGGAAAAAAGGCGGGAAGCUCCAUUGGAAGACUCUCCAGUUACGGGACGUGAGCUCAGGGCACUGUUGGAGGGGCAUCUUGCCAGCGUGAAGAAUGAGAUGAGCAGUGCCUGGCAGAGAGUUGAUGGUCGUAUCGAUCACUUGCAUGGAGAGAUGCAGAAGGACAGGGAAGAGAAGAAGAAGGUGAUCGCACGUGUCCAGAAAGUUGAAGUUGGGGAGCACAACAAUAAGAUCAAGAUCGAGGAGAUUAGCAAGGAGAUGCACGGCCUCAAGCAGGAGAUUGCGGAGUCGAAGAAGACAACCCCCGUACAUGCAGGAGCUGGGGCGCCACCUUCUGAUCCUUGGGCGAACUACCUUCAGGAGAAACAGAAGCGAGAAGGUGGCGAGUCGCAUUAUCCAUCUGGAGGUCGUGGGGAGGAGCUCUCGGAGGAUGACAAGAAAACUUUGAUCGUGGGUGGAUGGUGCCAGGACUCCAAGAAGGGGAUUCUCAUCGAGGAGUCCAAGCCGUUGUUGGUCAAGGAGGAAGUCCGCUCUUUGGUCGAUCAAAGUGAACUUCUGGUGUGGGGGCCGAGACGGUCAUUUGGGGCGCUCAAAUUCAAGAAUCGUCCAGGAGAAGAUGAUGCCAAAGUGCGAGACAGAAUGUGGGGCGUCAUCAAAGCUCUUCGUGCCAGUCCACUUCCACUACCUUCCACAGCAGCAGCUAACAAUGGGACGGCCAAACAUAUGUGGAUACAGUUCGUCAAGACUAAGGAAGCCAGGAGACCAGUUAUGAAUGUGACUGGGGAGCAGGCACUGUUUGGCACAAUGAAUGGAAACUUGGCCAUUGCGAAUGUCACAGGCGUAGCAUAUGUGGAAGCUCUCCAGGAGAACAUCGGGGCGAAGAAUGUCAACACUAAGUGUCCUCACAGAUCUUUCGCCUCGUGGAAUUUGGGUGGUCAGAGUAUCAUGAAAGCGGACUUUACACUCAGGGAGUUUGAUCUCGUGGCUCUUCAAGAAGUUGCUAGAUCAGAAACAGCAGGAUGGGAUGAACAACAACAUGACAACUUCACAUGGCUAUCUCAUCGGCAUCCUCUCCAAUGGCGGGGUGUUGCGGUUGGAGUGGCCUCUGAUUUACUGGACUGUGUGCUGGAUAAGAUGUCCACGGCACAUGGGGCGGCUUGGUUCUUGAGGCAGUUGGGGAGUUCAAACAAAAACUACGCAGAUGGCACCAAGAUAGUCCUUUGCUACUUGGGGUGGAUGUUAAUGAAGUCAUCCGUUGGACUGCAUCCAGUGAUGAUCCGUCUCCCUUUCCUGUUCGUGGGGGAGGCAAAAACGAUGCCUUUCUUGAACUACUCCAUGGUUGUCGUGCUCGCGCAUGUGCUCCCUCAGAAGAAUUUCUUCUCGUACCCACGCACUUUCCUCGUGAUGCAACACGUGUGGGGCGUCAUAUCGAUGCCAUUGGGACGAGACUUGUUCGAGGUGGACCUGUUCACAUUUGUGAGGUGCAGCAUACGAGACACUGGAAUGACUCUAGACCUCGGUGGGUUGUUGGGGCGACACCUCUUCCUCCUCUUCGCGACUAAGUUCACUGAUGACGAAGAGACUCUUCAGGAAGCUCGUGCAGCCAAGGCAAGUGCGGAUAAGAUCAGAUGGAAAGGGGUUCAUGCCAUGCGAAGAAGAAAAAAGCGAGAAUGGCGCCAGCAGCGGUUUCAACGUAUACUUGCAGGGGAUUGGUCUGCUUACCGGGACUACAAAGGGGAGAAGAAAUCCUCUGGUUGGUGGGGUGAUCUUCUUGCAAAAAACAGCAGUGAGAACGUUGCGGCGCAGGCUACCACACACCUCCAAAACAAAAUGUGGGACGAGACAUGUGGUGAUUGGGAUGCUGAACUUGCGGACAUUCUCGAGAAGAUCCCGGAGGGCGACUUGAUCAUCACGGAGUCCGAGGUUGGUGUUGCUCUUGAAGGGAUGAAACCUCAAGCCGCGCUUGGACCUGAUGGGGUGAGUGUUGCACUUCUUAAGCGACUUCAUGAAGAACAGCCUGAAGCACUGUGCCAUGUGGUUACGACCUGUAUCGCCUCCAAAGAUCUGCCGGUGGCUUGGGGUGAGUCUUACCUGGCACUACUUGCUAAAGUUGCGGUACCACAAGACACUUCGCAGCUCAGGCCUAUCGCAAUGUCCUGUACUCUACAAAAACUCGCUACCAGAGUCGUCAUGGGACGCUGCUUCCCGGCGUUGCGCAAACCUUGUCGGUGGGCAGCAAGUGGAUGUGGUCGUCAAGUUGCUGACCUCAUUGGGGCGGUGGGACGAUUCAGGGAUAUGUGCCGCGAAUGGUCCAUUGGAGGCAUGGUCGUCAAGUUGGACAUUAAAGGGGCGUUUGACUUUCUACACAGACGGGCAGUAGCGGACUUCAUGCUGGAACACUUGCGCGGAACACACCACAAAUGCGAGCUGGCCUUUCUACUUCGUCUUCUUCGUUGCAACCGCCUACAUGGACAAGCACCGGGGGGCGCAAAGGUUGAUGUCAAGGCCAACCGGGGGAUUCGCCAAGGUAGUCCAGAAUCAGCUGAAGUUUUUGGCCUCAUCAUUCAACAGGUCCUGGUGAUGGCUCAUGCUGAUCCUAACUGGCGUCUACCCACCGGGGCUCUCAGUGAUCUUCCGUUGGACUCCGGCUGCUUUCAGGAUGACAUCGUGAUGUGGGGUGAUAACAUAGCAGAUAUGGAACACAACAUCAUGAUUAUCAGUCGUCACCUUGCUGCCCUUGGACUAUCCCUCUCUCUGGAAAAGACGGGGAUUGUGGCCAGUCCAUUCUACAAGGGACGACGAAAACUCCGUGUUGACAAUGUGGUCGUCGACUUCCUUCCUGAGGAAUGCAGUCUUCGCAUCCUGGGUGUUGAUUUUUCUUUGAUGGAAGGACAGUCGCAGCAGGCAAAAUGCUUGAUGGGGCGCAUUUGGGCAGCUUGGGGUCAACACAGUGUCCUCCUUCGAAGUCGUGGGUCGUAUAUGUCCAAAGUCAAGAUUGUCAGGUCGCUAGUCCAAGGAACGUGGCAAUGGGUAGCUGGAGCAUUGCACUGGGGCGUGGACGACCUGCGGGCCCUCAAUAGUUUACAGGUCCGCCUCUACCGCCUUGCCUUUGGAUGCAAACGCUACCACAAUGAAACAUGGACCGACUUCAACUCCCGUACAUGCAGAUGGAUUCGCGCCUGGAUCUUUCAUAAUGGGGUGGAACGCUGGUCAACUACGGUGCUCCGCCUACAACAUCAAUUGGCGGGACAUUGGGGGCGGCAACGCGAGGGGGGGUUCUUGGGAAUGGCUGGGGCGAUGUUACAGUGGAGGAACUUGGAGUGGUGGAGACAUGAGCAGGCCUUGACGUUUCAUGAUCUAUGUGUGGCCACUAUUUCACUUUGUACUUUGAAUUACCUUCAAUUCGUUCUAGCAGCGGCCAUGGCCGUCAUGCUCAAAGGGCGUGUCCUCUUCAUCGCCCUGUGCGUGAUCCACAACAAUCACGACCAGUACAAGGGGCUACUUCGUCCUCUACCAGUACAUGGUCUACGUGGAGUUCGUCAUGGUCAGCAACGGGACAUGAUGAAUGGAGUGGAUGGGAUGAUUGGUUCCAAGCUCAGCCGCGAGAAGCACAUGAACCUCACCGAACACGAACAGUACAGGGGGCUUCUUCGUCCUCUACCAGUGCAUGGUCAGCGUGGAGUUCAUCGUGGUCAGCAAUGGGACAUGAUACAUGGAAUGGAUGGGAUGAUUGGUUCCAACCUCCACCGUGGGAAGUUGAGACAAGCACAUGGGAGGACUGGCAUCUGCAGCCUUCAGGGGAACCUUCGUCGAGUUGGAGAACAGAUGCUGAAUGGAGCUCCUCUUCUUCGUCUCCUUCACGACCGCGACCUUCAGGUUUUUAUCGCCAUGGACGGUGGGUCGAUCGUCCUCGCACGGACUAUGAACAAAGGUUUCAUGACGGGGGACAAGGAACGACGAGACAGGCAUGGAGAGAACUUCUCAAUCGUCAUCUACAAGAUCCAGUUCGUCGUGAUGGUCUUCCUCGCGCUGAAGAACAAGAAGGGAUGGGUGCUCCUCGGCCAGUACAUCCUCAGGUGCAACCUCCGGAUGUUGGGACGAUGGCCGCUUCCCCUCUGGGGCGAGAGGGAGAGGAUGAUCGCGAAGGAGAUGCUCAUCGUGCUGAAGAUGGAGCUCAUCGUGAUCUACGUCACCUCCUUCGUCUACUUGAUGAUCUCCAAACGGCGGAGGAAGGUCCAGAGGGACGAUGGGCAUUACAUCAAUGGCUUGUCAGAUGGAGACAUGCUGCACAACGAACUCGACUCCUUGGCUUGGAGAGAGGAGGCGGCAUCAGUGGAGGAAGAUGAAGAUGUCACCGGGUUGGUUCAAACAUUCAACAUUGAUGAGUGGCAGAGUCUUGUCAAUGAAGGCGUAACUGGGGCGGACCUGGGUGAAUUGGAUGGAUACCUUGGAGACCUACUUCGGCGUGUUGACGACAGGGGUGUUCCUCCUCAUGUUCGAGCUCAACAUAUGUGGGGUCUGGCCGUGCUUGUUCGUGCAGUGAGACAUGCCAUCCGGGUCGCCAAUGUGUUGGUCACGCUGCUGGAGGACCGUGUGGUACAUGGGGGGCUUUACCAACCUGCGGAUGAUGCAGACAGAGCUCGCAUCAUCUCACACUGCAGGGGACCUGCGGCAAUCAUGGCUAGCAUACAUCUGCAGAUGAUGAAUAAUGCACUGGAUGAUGCAUGGGUCGCUCCUCAUGAACUUCCUCCUGCCCUUCGUGAACAAGCACGACCGCCGCGGAGAAACCCGGGGCGAAUGUCAGAUGCCAUGAUGCUGCCGCGGCCCAAUGUUGGUGAUCUCCUCCGUGAAGGUGAAGAUCUUGAUGGAAGGGGGCGAGACCGUACUCCACGCAUGGCAGCGGGACGAGCAAUGAGACACGAGAAUGCCCUUAGUGAAAUACCAGCAUCUUCCCAAGGUGAAGGUUCGCUGACCAGUACUACGACAGAGAGCUCCGUGCUGCAUGGGUCGACAACCACCACGGUGAGUAUGUGCACCUGGAACAUGGACUCGUCGGACAUGACUGGUACCACUGAUGGGGAGACUGAUGCAAACUACUUCAUGCAGCUCAACAUGUACGAGAGGGAGCAACUACAAGACACUGAUGUUGGGGUGGAAUGUGUGGAAGCACUCAACAAUGUCUUUGUCUACCUGGAGUCCGCUGGUAGGGGAGAUGUUCCACUUGAUGAAAGUGAUGUGGCUUGGGUGUACUUGGGGAAGUGGAUGCUGUACUACUACCACGUGAAGGAGUACCAAGUCGUCUACCUCAAGAAAGAAGUCGGUCGCCAAGGGGAGUUCGGAGUGAAAGCGGUGCUCCUCGUCAUGAUCUUCUACAUGGUCUUCUUCAUGGCUGGACAUCAUCCU